AUGACGACUCCAAGAGACAUUUCGCGUUCCUCGCUUGGCAACACCGUUUCAUACAGCCUCGAAGCCGCAUCCCCCACCGCAGCCUUCUCUUCGCCUCCAGCAAGCCAGGGCAGCUUCAUGGCGGGCUCUUUCGCCAACAGAACCGCCGCUACGGCCAAGCAGCUCAAGCCCUUCAACGCCGGGGACAUCAAAAUCCUACUUCUGGAGAAUGUGAACCAGACCGGACGAGAUAUCCUCGCGGCUCAGGGCUACCAGGUCGAAUUUCUCAAGACUUCGUUGCCAGAGGACCAGCUCAUUGAGAAGAUCAGGGAAGUACAUGUCAUUGGCAUCCGAUCAAAGACAAAACUCACAGCCAAGGUUCUUCAAGAGGCCAAGAACCUCCUCGUCGUCGGCUGCUUCUGCAUCGGCACCAACCAGGUAGACCUGGACUAUGCGGCCAAGCAUGGUAUUGCCGUCUUCAACUCGCCCUUUGCCAACUCCCGCAGCGUUGCGGAGCUGGUUAUUGCUGAGAUCAUCACGCUCGCCCGCCAGCUGGGUGACCGCUCGCUGGAAAUGCACCGCGGCACCUGGAACAAGGUGAGCGCCAAGUGCUGGGAGAUCCGCGGCAAGACGCUCGGUAUCAUCGGCUACGGCCACAUCGGCUCGCAGCUAUCAGUUCUCGCCGAGGCCAUGGGAAUGUCGGUCAUCUACUACGACGUCCUCACCCUAAUGGCUAUCGGCUCGGCGCGCCAAGUGCCCACGCUCGAGAAACUCCUAGAAGAGGCCGAUUUUGUGACCCUCCACGUCCCGGAGACACCCGAAACCAAGAACCUCAUCUCCACCAAGGAAUUCGAGAGCAUGAAGACAGGCUCGUACCUCAUCAACGCCAGCCGCGGCACUGUCGUCGACAUCCCGGCCCUCAUCAAGGCGAUGCGCGCGGGCAAGGUGGCCGGUGCGGCGCUGGACGUGUACCCCAACGAGCCGGCAGCUAACGGCGACUACUUUGUCAACAACCUCAACACGUGGGCCGAGGACCUGCGCGGGCUCAACAACAUCAUCCUCACGCCGCACAUCGGCGGCAGCACCGAGGAGGCGCAGCGGGCGAUCGGCGUGGAGGUGGCCGACUCGCUGGUGCGGUACAUCAACCAGGGCAUCACGCUGGCCAGCGUCAACCUGCCCGAGGUGACGAUGCGCUCGAUAACGCUCGAGGAGCACGACCACGCGCGCGUCAUCUACAUCCACCGCAACGUGCCCGGCGUGCUGCGCAAGGUCAACGAGAUCCUGGCCGAGCACAACGUCGACAAGCAGAUCUCGGACAGCAAGGGCGACAUUGCGUACCUGAUGGCUGACGUUAGUGAUGUCAAGACCCAGGAUAUCAAGGACAUCCGGGACAGCCUGGACUCGCUCAACUCGCGCAUCAUGACGCGCGUCCUGUACUAG